GUGCUAUGCUGUACAAGAAGCUGAGCGAAUAUGUUUUAACUGAAGAGCAAUUACAAGAAAAUUGCUACCCAAGACCACAUCCAGAGAAGCCUGGUGUUGUGGUGCUUUAUAAUCAGGAUGUGAGAAAGAAUAAUACUGACCCUUUAAUAAGGGUUUGCUGUCGGUGCGGAGCUGAAUACAGUGUUUCUGUUAGCGGGGAUUGUAUCCGCAAAGAAGAGUGCAAUUACCACUGGGGACGGUUACGCCGACAAAAAAUACCCGGUGGCUGGGAAACGCAGUAUAGUUGCUGUGGAGGAGCAGUAGGAUCUGCAGGAUGUCAGACAGCAAAGCAACAUGUACAGGAUGGUCGCAAAGAAAAUUUAGCUGGUUUCAUGAAGACGUUUGAUAAAGAAAUGCCACCGGAUGAAAACCCAGGUAUCUUUGCAUUGGAUUGUGAAAUGUGCUACACAAAACAAGGUUUGGAGUUGACCAGAUUGACUGUUAUCAACCCGGAUCUAAAGGUGGUGUAUGAUACAUUUGUCAAACCAGACAACAAGGUCAUUGAUUAUAACACCAGAUUUUCUGGUGUAACAGAGGAGGAUAUGGAGAGUACGACAAUCACUAUUCGUGAUGUACAGGCAGUAUUACUGAACAUGUUCAGUGCUGCAACCAUAUUAAUUGGGCACAGCUUGGAAAGUGAUUUAUUUGCACUAAAGCUUAUUCAUAGCACAGUGAUUGACACAGCAGUUGUAUUUCCACAUCGACUGGGAUUGCCGUAUAAGAGAGCACUGAAAAAUCUGAUGGCAGACUACCUCAAACGCAUCAUUCAAGAUAAUGUUGAAGGACACGAUUCCAGUGAAGAUGCAAGUGCCUGCAUGGAGUUAAUGAUGUGGCGUUUGAAAGAAGAUGCAAAACUGAGAAGAUGACAUCUCCUGUCUUUUGUCACGUGUAAAGGACUGAAUGUUACCAACAAAAGUCAUAAAUAACAUUAUGUAAUACAGAUGUUGCGAUGUGUAAUUAUUUUGCAGAACAAAAGGCAGACUUUAGGCUGUUAAAAGAUGAUCCAGAACUGCCUUUUUUGUUUACAGUAUUUAUUUGUUUUUAUAUGUAUAAAGAUCUUGUCACACAAUUACUCCACAUUAGUAAAUGUUCAAUGACCACAUCUGACAUUUCUUUAAAGUGGCAUUCCAAGAAAUGCAGUCAUUCUUGCUGAUGAGUAACAAGUAUGUAUGGGUAAGUAUAACUCAACAAUACAGAGCCAGUGGAUUUUUUCAAAAAAUCUAAUUGAAGAAAAAUAUUUUGACUAUUGACCCAAAGAUAAAGUGUGCUUUUCUUAACUUUUCUGUUUCAUUUCUUCAGUGUUGUGUGUAAUGUGAUUUUCAUUGCUGAAUGGAUUAAAAAUCGGAUUCUUUUAUAUGUAA